GGCGACGCCCUCAGAGAUCCUCGAGCGGGGGGGCUCGGCGUGGUCGUGCACGACCCUGACCUCGCAGCCCAGGAUCAUGCCAGCGCCGCCGCAGGGUGGGGGGUGCUUGCCAAGUACCGCUGCUGUAUGCUGCUGUGCCCUGUGCCAGACGGUGCCGACGUAAAGACAGAGUUGCAGUCUCGACUGCGCCUUUGGGGGCAAGGCGAGUUCACUGCACUGAUUGACCGAGUGUGGCUCCAGCAGAUUCGAAUCUCCCAGAGCGAACGGGGCGCAGCCAGCCAGCUGACUGAGGAAGACCGCCGAGCACGGCGGGUGAAGCAGCAGGCUAAAGCUGGGGCGCGAUCGAAGUCAAUCAAAUCGCUGACCGGCGGCACUCGAGGGGGCACAAGCGAGGAGAGGGCCCAGUGGGCGACGGACCUCAUACCGAGAUCUGAGCGAGGGGCUGCGGCACUGGCGAGCGAUGCAGAGCGUGCCGCAGCGAGCCUUGCAGCUUGGGGCGGCGGGGAUACUGGCGAGGCAUUGGCGGCCAUGAUCAGGCGGCGGCUGCGGCGCGUUCUCGAGGAGUUCUCUCUCAGGUGGGCGUUGGGCGCGCUCCCGGACGCCUGCCGCUGGCUCCUCGACGCGCAGGUCAUCUUCCUGAAGAAAUCGAGGCACGAAGGCGCCAGAGAUGAGGAGGACGACGCGUGGCUUGGCUGGUUCGCGGACGCCCCCGAGAGCGACGUGGUGGGCGAGACAGGAGGAGGGGCGGGAGGAGGGGCUAAUGACGCGCAGGUGGCAAGUUCAGCCAGUGCGGGCGACGCUGAGGCGGCGCCGGCCAGGGCAGGAGCAGCUGGGGCAGCGCCUGGCACGCGAGCGCCAACGUCUCGGCCGAUCCAGAUGGGCGAGUUCUUGCGCAAGUGGGCUGCCAUGCGGCAGCCCGCCAUGGAGGACGCUGACAUUUCGAGGACCACGAUCAAUGCUAGGCAGCUUGGAGUGGGUGUCCCUGGUGGCGCUGAGACUUUGGCAAUAUUCCACCAGUGUUCUUACGGCGCAUGGCUGGGGGGUAGUCUGCCGGGCCCGCUCGCGCGAAUCAAGAUCGACCGGAAGAAUUGCUUCGGCAACCUGGAAUGGAAGGAGAUGCGCGCCGCGCUUAUGGCGACAGUGCCUCACCUGGCCGCCCCGACGGCUUGGUGCCCGACGCGCCCGAGCCAGGUUGAACAGCCGGGGGCGGAACCCCACGGGAAGGACCGAGGCGCUGAGCAGGGCGACGUCUACGGCCCUGUCCAGUGCGGCGUCUCGAUGGCAGAGCUCAACGCAGACACUCGGGACGCCAUGCUGGCGGAGCAGGCCGCUGGUACUCUGGCGUGGACGGGCGCUCCACCAGACGCUGCGCAGGCCCGCGUGCAGGCCCAGGAACGCGAGACUUCCCAGACAGCUUGGUCUUCCCAGCAGCCCGGGGAGCGUCGGGCCGACGGCGGUCGGGGCGCCAUUGGGUUGAACCCGCGGCGCGCUGUGGUCCCUGGGGGCGGAUUUGCAGAUUGGUGGUACUUGGGCGAUUGUGAUUUCAUUCUGCUCCAUGAGCAUGUCCUCCCGACGAUGCGCCACUUCGACGCUGCUGGGGCUGCCCGGGGCUCCUGCCGCAACAAGGCCAAGACAGAGGUGAUCUUCUACGCUGCCCAGGAGGAGGUCGCGAGGAAUGCAGAGGCGUGGCGCGUCGCAGAGCUCGCGAGCGAGUUGGACCAGGCCAUCGAGCAGCUCCGGGAGAAGGCAGACGUCGCGCGGGCCAUGCACAGGCAGCCAGAGAUAUUAGAUGAUCCCGCCAUCGAGCACGUGCUCGCAAACUCGACUCUGAACGUGAGCAAAGUCACCCACAUCUUGCGCGUGCGCGGGGCUGCUGUGGCGACGCUGCAGGGCCGGUCUGGCGACGGGUCGCCCGGGCCUGGGCCCCUGGACGCAGUCGACCGUGCAGCCCGUAACACUCAGGACAGGCUCUUCGCGGGGGUGGACGAGGUCGGGUGCCAGCAGGCGCGGCUGGGGGUCGCGGUCGGGGGCUGCAGCUGGCGACGCGCAACAGACGCUGCCGUGGCGGCCAACUUGGCAGCCCUGGUCACGGCUGAGCCUUUGGUCCGCGAGAUGGCUGGCCACUUUGCCACGGCGGGGGUGGCGCCCGCAGAGGCGCUGGUGCAGCGUCACGCGUCCGCUGUGGCUCGUGCCAGGCCGGCCUGCCUCGGGGCGCUCGCCGAGCGCGAGCGCGCGAAGGCGGAGCUGCUCAUCGCGCGCGCCGGCAAGGCCGCAGAAGUAUGCUGGGAGGAUUUGAGAAGCGGGGCAGGCCGCUACCGCGUGGAGGCCCCUGGGGUCGACCCGCGCGACCGGGAUCUCGAGUCCCGCGAGGUACCUGGGACAUCGCCCGACCCGCGCGCAGACGACCCCCGCGGCCAAGCCAUGGGCCCGCCGCACCUGCAGAGGCAGCUGGGUCGCCCAUGGGACCUCACUGCCCUCAGGAAGCUUGAGGACAUGCUCAAGGACGCAGGCCGCUGGCCGCAGGCGGAGCGCUUGAAAGAGCUCCGGCGUUCGGGGGUCAGCCACCAAUGGCUCUGGCAUCUAGAUCCGGCGACUGGCCCCGUCAUGGCGGCGGCGGACUACGUUGUCAACGUCCGCCGGCGCCUCGGCGCGCGGUUCCUCGCGCGCCCUGCGGGUGCCAGCGCGAGCGGCCACUGCGCGGCGCGCGACGCCUACAUGACCGGACUCCGGGCGGCAGACCCAGCCGCAGCGGUGGAGGUUCAGGGGCUCGCGGAGACGCAAUCCCGACCUGCCGACAUCUUGACGACAGCAGCGGCCCCAGGUGACCAGGGCGAUGCAGUUCGCGGCGCGGCGCGCUCGCCAGCAGGGCCCGGAGCUCCCCCCAGGGGCCGCCGGGAAUUCCUGGCGCGGUGGGGCCGCGAGAUCGGGGGCAGCAUCUGCCGGGGGCGGGCAGCGAUGGCGCGCGCGGUCAUGCCGCUCGCCGACGCUUCGGCCCUCGCGCAGGCGUUCGGCGCCCCUGCGGACGAGGCCGAGGCGAUGGGCCCCCUCGAGUGGGGCUCCGAG